AUAUUUGCACAAGCAUGGAGCUUGGCGGGGAAAAGAAAAUCACCGGCUUUUGUGUUCAUGAGGUAUAUAAACUUACAUUUAAAUAAGACGGUGCAUUCGCAAACGGCUACAAUCAUGUUGAAGAAGUUUAUGAUAUUGGCAGUGGCCUUUUUGGCUGUAACAGCGCUUGAAGAAGCAGGAGAAGAGAGGGUAAAACGUGCUGACAAGGGAGGAUAUUUACCAAGGCCUACUGCACGUCCUGUAUAUGUCAAAUCUAAACGCGAUGUGGAGGAAGUCCAAACAGAGGAACUGGAGAGGGUCAAACGUGCUGACAGGGGAGGAUAUCUACCAAGGCCUACUCCGCCACGUCCUGUCCAUAUUAAAGCCAAACGCGAUGUGGAGGAGGUCCAAACAGAGGAACUUGAGAGGGUCAAACGUGCUGACAGGGGAGGAUAUCUACCAAGGCCUACUCCGCCACGCCCUGUACAUUUCAAAGCCAAACGCGAUGUAGAGGAAGUCCAAACAGAAGAACUUGAGAGGGUCAAACGUGCUGACAGGGGAGGAUAUCUACCAAGGCCUACUCCGCCACGUCCUGUACAUUUCAAAGUCAAACGCAAUGUAGAGGAGGUCCAAACAGAAGAACUUGAGAGGGUCAAACGUGCAGACCGGGGAGGAUAUCUACCAAGGCCUACUCCACCACGUCCUGUACAUAUUAAAGCCAAACGCGAUGUGGAGGAGGUCCAAACAGAGGAACUUGAGAGGGUCAAACGUGCUGACAGGGGAGGAUAUCUACCAAGGCCUACACCGCCACGUCCUGUUCAUAUUAAAGCCAAACGCGAUGUGGAGGAGGUCCAAACAGAGGAACUGGAGAGGGUCAAACGUGCUGACAGGGGAGGAUAUCUACCAAGGCCUACUCCGCCACGGCCUGUACAUUUCAAAGCCAAACGCAAUGUAGAGGAAGUCCAAACAGAAGAACUUGAGAGGGUCAAACGUGCGGACAGGGGAGGAUAUCUCCCAAGGCCUACUCCGCCACGCCCUGUGCAUGUCAGAGCCAGACGCGAUGUAGAGGAGGUCCAAACAGAGGAACUUGAGAGGGUGAAACGUGCUGACAAAGGAGGAUACUUACCUAGACCUACCCCUCCCCGUCCAGUGCAUAUGAAAUUCAAACGAGAUUUGGAGGUAGUUCAAACUGAGGAGUUAGAAAGAGUUAAGCGCGCCGAUAAACCUGGAUAUCUGCCAAGGCCUACUCCGCCACGUCCUGUGCACAUCAGAAGGAUUUAGAAGACGCAUGGUAUGGUAAUACGGAUCAUCACCUACCCCUCAAAAAACAACUUGCUAAUGACCGACUACAUCUUUUGUCAAGAACUGUAUGAAGUUCAGAAAGAAAUUCAAUCACACAUGUAUCUUGUUAUUAUUAUAGAUAUUAGCUAGUAAGAAUACGUUACGUUUAUGAAAAUAAAUAUUAAAAAGAUAAA